CGCUUCCGCUGGAGUAGCAAGCUGCAGGGAGGCCCCCCCCCCCGAAUCUGGUUCCUGGGCCAGGGAGGAGCUCGCACGUAUGGAUUGGCCCGUUUACCUACCGUCGCGACAUAAAUUCCCUCGUUCAGUUCUGACAGCAGCACUUCCUGCUAGUAGGGUCACGCUGGUUAAAUGGGCCUGGAGCACUCGUACCAGAUUCUCGCUCACUCUGGGUUGGAUUUUGACACUGUUGACAAGAGUCAUGAUUUUGACACUGUUUGGCAGAAGUCAUGAUUUGAACACCUACUAAGUACAGGACUCUGCCAGAUGUUGGAGAUGCAGGGAGAGCUGCUCUCAAAAGCUUUCGGCCAGACAGUUUCCUUUGUUGCCCAGGUUCUGAUUCUGGUACCCUGGUCCCGGCCCUGCCAGAGUUCUGGUUCCAGAAGGCCCUUGCCGGGUGCCUUGGGCCUAGCCCCCACCUGGGCGCAAGGCCACGCCAAAGACAUGGGCAUGAGCAUCCCCCACUGCCUGGGGCAACUGGACAUCCGCAAAGGGAUAGUGGGCUUGGCCACAGGGGCCGGGUUCAUCUACCUGCUCUACAAGGCCAUCAAGGCUGGCAUAAAAUGCCAACCUCCACUCUGCACCACCUCACCCAUCUGCAUCGCCCGUGAGUGUACGGGCCCUGGGGAGAGGGCUCGGCCCCAGGAGGCACCUGCUCCAGAGGUCUCCAGUGUGGGAGGGCCCAAAGGCCUGGCAAUCGAGCGAGAGCGGCACGGGCGGGACUCAGGUGAGCUCCGGAGGCUCCUCAACUCCCUGGAGUGCAAACAGGAUGAAUACGCCAGGAGCAUGAUCCUGCACAGUAUCACGCGCUGUGUGUACCUGCUGGAGGCCGAGGCCUCUGCUUGUACAACUGAUGACAUCCACUUGGUGGGCUCCAUGCUGGAUGACAAGGACAACAGUGUCAAAAUCCAAGCUUUGAACACACUUAAAGCUUUCUCCGGCAUCAGAAAAUUCAGGCUUAAAGUCCAGGAACACUCCUUCAAGGUUCUGGAACUGAUUUCCACCAUCUGGGAUUCGGAGCUACACAUUGCAGGCCUCAGACUCCUCAACAACCUCCCACUGCCCGACUAUGUGCAUCCACAGCUGAGACGGGUGAUGCCUGCCCUGAUGGAGAUCCUACAGUCAGACUAUAUCCUGGCACAGGUGCAAGCCAUAAGAUUGCUGAGCUACCUGGCACAGAAAAAUGACCUUCUCUAUGAUAUUCUCAACUGCCAGGUGCAUGCCAACUUCCUGAGCCUGUUUCAGUCCACACAGCCAGGGAGUCUGCUCUUUGAGGUACUGGUAUUUGCCGAGCGACUUAGUGAGGGCCGGAAUUCACCCCACUACCGCGCUGUGAAGUGGCAUUACAAUGAACAGUCUCUGCAUGAAGCUCUUUUUGGAGAUGAGUCACGACUGGCAGACCGGCUGCUCGCCCUGGUCAUCCACCCCGAGGAGGAGGUUCAGAUCCAGGCCUGCAAGGUCAUAGUCAGCCUGCAGUGCUCCCAGGAUGUGGGAGUCCGGCCCUCUGCCUGCCAGCCCAGUCAUUCCUACUUUAAUAGCGGGGAAUAAAAUUAAGGAGAGCCAAUAAAUGACUAUGGGAGAAAAGCUUGAGGAGCAGUUUCUGUACAGGGUCUUCCAGGGGCUGGGCAUAGAUUUCAGCUGGCAGGACCCCCACACAGAGUGUGGCAAAGCAUGGGUGCGUCUCCCAGAAUGCAUCCCCGUGUCCCUGUUUAGGGGAUUCUCUUCUUCCUCUGCUGCUUUUAAAAUUUGAAUGUGGAGCCAAUGCUUUAAGGGAGUUUUAGGGAGAAGGCACAUUUCAAGACUGAGGCCAAAGAUAAUCAGCAGGAGACCAUGUUGCGUUGGAUUACUCAGGGUGGGCC